UCAUUCAUUCAUUCCCCUUGUUGUGUUGUGUUCUCUGCAACCAUGCUUCUCAGAACAGCUUCAUCUUUCUCUCUCCUCAAAGCCAACGCCGACCAUAUACUCCCUCUCCCCAACUCUUCUUCUUCUGGUAUUAUUCGCUACUCUCAGUCUCUGGGGAAAAACUUGGUUCCAUGCGCUACCAAGGACACCAACAACCGCCCCUUAACCGGCGUCGUUUUUGAACCCUUUGAAGAGGUCAAGAAGGAGCUCGACCUUGUUCCCACCGUCCCACAAGCUUCCCUCGCUCGCCAGAAAUACACCGAUGACUGCGAGGCUACCAUAAACGAACAGAUCAAUGUGGAGUACAAUGUUUCGUAUGUUUAUCAUGCGAUGUUUGCCUACUUCGAUAGGGACAAUGUCGCGCUCAAGGGUCUUGCCAAGUUUUUCAAGGAGUCAAGCGAGGAGGAAAGGGAGCAUGCUGAGAAAUUAAUGGAAUAUCAAAACAAACGAGGUGGAAAAGUGAAGUUGCAAUCCAUAGUGAUGCCUCUUUCUGAGUUUGACCAUGAGGAAAAGGGAGAUGCCCUGUAUGCAAUGGAACUUGCUCUGUCGUUGGAGAAGCUAACCAAUGAAAAAUUACUUAACUUGCACAGUGUUGCCUCAAAGAACAAUGAUGUGCAAUUGGCAGAUUUUAUUGAAAGCGAGUUUUUGGGUGAACAGGUGGAAGCCAUAAAAAAAAUCUCUGAGUACGUUGCUCAGCUCAGAAGAGUUGGUAAAGGACAUGGUGUGUGGCACUUUGAUCAGAUGCUGCUGCAUGAGGAGGGCGUUGCUGCUUGAUUAUCUUUUUUUUUAGUAUUUGAAUUGAUAUUUUUAAUGCACUUCCAUCAAAUUAAAUCAAUUGAUAUGAAGCAAAUACAAUAUACAAACUCAAAAUAAAGUUUUGUUUUUUUUAAUA